CCAAUCCGCCUCAUCACGGCCGCUGACAUCGUCGUCAUCCAGCACGAGACUUUCACGCUCAAGCCGUUGGCGUUCUGGACGCUCGAAGUAUUCCAGCGCAUGAUUCUCGCCGCCGUAGACGCGCUCGACCCGACGCCUGCGACCGACGCCGACGAGAUGCUCUAG